UGUGUGAUUACACUUAUAGUCAGAUUAGAAGUCGCAUUGAGCUGGUUGUGGUUGUGUGUGUGUGUGUGUGUGCGUGUGUACCUGCUGAACAAUGCUUGAUGAGGUGGUGUGUGUUGCUGCAGUCACGGUGCUGGGGGUGCUGGAGCAAGCGUACUUCUCCCUGCAGGUGAUCUACGCUCGACGGAAGUAUUCUGUCCCCCCGCCGGCCACUACAGGACCCCCUGAGUUUGAGAGGGUCUUCAGAGCACAAGCAAACUGUUCUGAGUACUUCCCUCUGUUUGUGGUUACACUCUGGGUGGCUGGACUCUUCUUCAGUCAAGCUGUGUCUGUGGUUCUUGGGCUGCUGUACCUUCAUGGACGGUAUCGCUACUUCCAUGGAUAUGCCAAGUCUGCACAGGGAAGGUUGGCUCCCCUGUAUUUCAGUGCUAAGGUGCAGUGGGUGCUGAUAGCAGUGGGAGGGGUGGGUGUGCUGUGCUGUAUGAGUCGUCUGUAUGUCGGGUUCGACCCUCUCGCUUCUCUCUGUAACGUCCUGGGACUCAGCCAGCUCGACUGAAGGCAGCAGAGAUGGAGGACUUUGUCCAGCUUCGUCCAUCUUUGUCCAGGUUCAGCUUAAGCCCAACAUGAGCACAUUCACCUUCCGCAUAAGGGUCAAUUAUCUAGAAGCAGCUUAAAUCGGAGCUGGAAAUGUGAUUUUGUGUGUUUUUUGUGUUUUUUUCAUAGCCUCGUCUGACGUCACAUCUCCAGUAAGAUAGAAAAGUCAGCAAACAGCCGUUAACUAUGUUUUCAUUUCACAACAUUUCUCAAAAUAUUUUGCUUAAUUUUGGCUUCAUUCCUGCUGUACUUGUCAACACAAACGCACGCUGUGGAGAAUAAAUUAAACAAAGAAAAAAUACA